UUGAGAGACACGGCGAUGUAAAGUGGUGAAUCAUCAGCAUAGCUGUGAAAGUCAACGCCUUGCCUCCCGAUGACGUCCCCAAGAGGAAACAUCUAUAAAUUAAAAAGUGUAGGACCUAAAAUUGACCCUGGGGGAACCCCAAAUUUCAUUUAAAAGAUUCUAGAAGAGCAUGCAUCAAUACUUACAUAAAAGUGUCGAUCUGUAAGAGAAGAAUAAAGUGCUAACCCUCCACACAAAGUAGUCUAUUUCAGUGUACUACAACGAUCUUGGCCAUCUGGUUGAAGUGUUUCUUCAUCCUCUGAUGAGGAACCAAACCCUUCCAUGAAGUCCAGCUGACAUGACUAAGCAGUUUCAUCACGGUGUGAAUGACGAUGUAAAACAAUGACAGACUUCUUCCUUCCACAGCUUCAGCCCCUGAAAGUCAUGAUGAGAACUUUCCCUAAUCUGAAGAUCCUUCUGCUUUAAUGAUGAAACCUCAGCGAAGGCGAUUACAAGAGCACGCCACAAGUGACCGCAGCAUUCCAGGAAGACACAGGGAAGGGAAGUAUGAGAACACAACAAUCAGAAUAAUUCUAUCUGUGAUUUCAAUCAGAUCAGAUCAGAUUGUUUUAUUUUAAAAAGCUCUACAAAAGCAUUGGUAAUCAUGUCUCCAUGUCAAAGCGGAUUUCCGCGGCUACCUCCGUGUCUCUGUGACUCAAGAGGGGAAAAAUAAAAACAAGAAUGAUCGAUUUAUUGUUGUCUCGAUGAAAAUAAGAAAAAUAUCAUAUGAUUUAGGAUGCUUGAGCUUGCUGCUUCCCCAUACCGAAGCGGCUGUUUAUCUGCCGGCAUGACAGGCAAACCACCCUCACACACCGGACCACCACCACCGAACUGGAGCCUGAGGACCAGGGACGGGAGACAGCGAACAACGUGACCAUCCCCCUCUCGCUGUGUGUGUACUUAAGAUGUGCAAGUAAAUUCGGCGACCGGGCGAGACAGACCCCCCCCAUUCUUUAACAUCGGAGUCUGAUGGCCCAAACGUGUCGACCACAGGGCCCUUUGUGAGAGCAUGUUGGUGUUUAGUGUGUAUAGUAUGUACUGAGAGGAGACACAAUCAAAAUUGGUGGUUGCUUCCACCAAAGAUCCCUACUAGUCUAAAGCAAAUAAAGCCUGAUUGGGGGUGGGGGGUGUCCUUUAUUUUUAAGGUGUAAUUUAUUUAUUUAUUUCCUCAAUUGAUCAUCAUGUUUUUUCUUUGUCGGCUUUUCUCUCUUAUUUUUUUAUCUCAUUUUUAUUCUUUCAUGGCCCCACCCAGUUCUCCAGGUAGUAUGGGAGGGCCAGGAACUCACCUUUCCAGACGUUUGCAUCAAGUUACAUCAUGUUGCACCCCCUCUACCCCCAGCAUUGGGUUUCAGUUGUUGCUGCCGUGCUUCUUUUCUUCAUUUUUCUUCCUUUCUCUGCAGUUCAGCUGAACGUUUUGGCUCCGGCUCCUCUGCAUGUUUCUGCACAGCCAAGAUGCCUCUGAACAAGAAGAACAUUUCGCAACAGCUAUCAGAGUAACAGGAUGCAGGUCGUGACCCGCAGGCAGACGUUUCCCGUCAAACAUCAUAAUCCAUUUACAGCAAUGCACCAUGGGCCAACACACAGCAGAAGCCCCGCCUCUCCUGCUGAUGAACCUGAACCCAAACUCUGGAUCCAGCAUCCGGGUCCAAAGUCCUCUGAGUCCGGAUGUUGGUCUCUCAGGAGUAACCAGUCGAUGGAGCCCCCCCUCGCCUUUGGGGGCCAAAAAACUUUUCCAGAUGAAUCCCUGAUCCAGCAUCCGGGUCCAAAGUCCUCUGAGUCCGGAUGUUGGUCUCUCAGGAGUAACCAGUCGAUGAAGCCCCCUCUCGCCUUUGGGAACCACAGAACCUUUCCAGAUCGAUCGCUCGUUGAAGACGAAGGCGCAGCAGCUGGAGGUGACCAGACGACAAAAGAACAACAAACAUGUCUGGACUCAAAGCAGAUGGACCAUCAUCCGCUGGAAAAGCAUCGAGCUUCCGUCUGCGAGCAGCGACUGAGGACCUGGUUGAAGACCAACGUCCAGAGUGUGCUGGAAGGCGUGGCUCACGCAGGAAGCUCUCCUCUGCACGAGACCUACACAGAGCUCCACAUCACCGAGGGGGGGGCUGGAGAGCUCGGAGAAGAGCACGAGUUCAGGCAGAUCGAGGUCGCAACCAGAAGAGCGGACAGGCCGGAAAGAACCAUCAGAGAAGAAGAUUUCUUCCAAGCAACACCUGAGAAGCCUGAACCAAUCAGAACGGUGCUGACGAAGGGCGUGGCCGGCAUCGGGAAGACCAGCUUAACGCAGAAGUUCACUCUGGACUGGGCUGAAGGCAGAACCAGCCAGAAGAUCCAGUUCCUGUUUCCGUUCACCUUCAGGGAGCUGAAUGUGCUGCAGGGCAGAAAGUUCAGCUUGGUGGGUCUGGUUCAUCACUUCUUUGUAGAAACCAAAGAAGCAGGGAUCUCGGCCUUUGAUCCGUUCCAGGUUCUCUUCAUCUUCGACGGUCUGGAUGAGUGUCGACUUCCUCUGGACUUCCGCAACAACCCGGUCCUGUCUGAGGUCACGGAGGCCUCCUUGGUGGAGGUUCUGCUGACCAACCUGAUCAGUGGGAAGCUGCUUCCGUCCGCUCGCAUCUGGAUCACCUCCAGACCGGCUGCAGCCAGUCAGGUUCCGGCUGAGUUUGUGGACCUGGUGACAGAAGUCCGAGGUUUUGCCGACCCUCAGAAGGAGGAGUACUUCAGGAGGAGAUUCAGAGGUGAGGAGCAGACGGAGCGGAUCCUCUCCCACAUCAGGACUUCCCGGAGCCUCCACGUCAUGUGCCACAUCCCGGUCUUCUGCUGGGUCACCGCCACGGUUCUGGAGGACGUGCUGAGGAGCAGAGAGGCCGGAGAGCUGCCCAGGAGCCUGACGGAGAUGUACGUCCACUACCUGGUGGUUCAGACCAAGCAGAAGAAGAGGAAGUACGAUGGAGGAACCGAGGCCGACCCACACUGGACUGAGCAGAACCGAGAGAUGGUGGAGUCUUUAGCCAAACUGGCUUUUGAGCAGCUGCAGAAAGGAAACCUGAUCUUCUAUGAAUGCGACCUGACAGAGUGUGGCAUCGACAUCUCAGCAGCAUCGUUGUACUCAGGAGUGUUCACUCAGAUCUUCAAAAAGGAAACGGCACUGCAUCAAGAUAAGAUGUUCAGCUUUGUCCACCUGAGCGUUCAGGAGUUUCUGGCUGCUCUUCAUGUCCAUCAGACCUUCAUCAAUUCUGGAGUCAACCUGCUGAAGGAAACGCAAACAUCUUUCUUGACCAGACAGUUUUCGAAGCGUUUUAUCAAACCGAACCUUCAUCAUCUUCACAAGUAUGCUGUGGACGCAGCUCUGCAGAGUCCAAAUGGACACCUGGACUUGUUCCUGCGCUUCCUCCUUGGUCUUUCUCUGCAGACCAACCAGAAGCUCCUGCAGGGUCUCCUGACAGAAGGAGGCAGCAGCUCACAGAGCAACCAGGAAACACUGAUGCACAUCCACAAGAAGAUCACAGAGGAAGAGCUGUCGACGGAGAAGAGCAUCAACCUGUUCCACUGUCUGAACGAGCUGAACGACGAUUCUCUGCUGAAGAAGAUCCAGGAGGUUCUGACAUCCGGUCAUCUCCACGCAGAAAAACUGUCCUCUGCUCAGUUUCAGGCUCUGGUCUUCCUCCUACUGUCAUCCGAGGAAGACCUGGACGUGUUUGACGUGCAGAAGUUCUCCACCCUCGAAGACGUUCUUCUCAGGCUGAUGCCAGUGGUCAAAGCGUCCAGCAAAGCUGUUCUGAGCUUCUGCAGCCUCACGGAGAGGAGCUGUGAGGCUCUGGCGUCGGUUCUCACCUCCCGGUUCUGCAGCCUCAGAGAUCUGGAUCUGAGUAACAACGGCCUGCAGGAGUCUGGAGGACUGGAGCUGCUCUGGGGAGGACUGCAGAGUCCAAACUGUGUUCUGGAGACUCUCAGGCUGAGCGGCUGUUUGCUCUCUGAGAAAAGCCUGCAGUGUUUCCACCUCCAGACACGCCUGAGGGAUUUGGACCUGAGCAACAACCCGCUGCAGGCUUCAGUGGAGCUGCUGUCGGCCGGACUCCAAGGUCCACAGUGUCACCUGGAGACUCUCAGACUGCAGUGCUGCGGUCUUUCAGAGGAAAGCUGCGAGCUUCUGUCUGCAGUCUUGAGCUCUUCCUCCUCUCUGACGGACCUGGACCUGAGCAACAACGACCUGCUGGAUGCUGGCGUGAAGCAUCUGUCUGCCGCACUGAAGACUCUGGACUGUCGGCUGGAAUCUCUCAGGCUGUCGGGCUGCCAGGUCUCAGAGAACGGCUGUGUUUGUCUGGAUGCAGCCCUGAGCUCCAACCCGUCCCAUCUGAAGGAGCUGGACCUGAGCUACAACUGUCCAGGAGCCCUGGGAACCAAGCUUCUGUCCGCCAAACGGGAGGAUCCGAACUGCAAGCUGGAGGCGCUCAGGUUGGAGCCGGCCGGAGUCCAGUGGUUAAGACCAGGAUUGAAGAAAUACGUCUGUGAACUCAGCUUCGACCCAAACACAGUCCACAAGAACCUGAAACUGUCUGAGGACCAAAGGGGGGUGACAUUUGUGGAGGAGGAGCAGCCGUACCCCGACCACCCGGACCGCUUCCUCAAGAGCCAUCAGCUGCUGUGUGGGAACACUCUGGCUGGUCGCUGUUACUGGGAGGCGGAGCUGACGGGUGGCGUUCACGUGUCUGUGAGUUACAGAGGAACCGUGAGGGGAGGAGAGGGGAACCACGAAUGGUUCGGCGGGAACACUCAGUCCUGGACUCUGUACUUCUCCCAGGGCAGCUACUCUGUGUGGCACAACAAGAAAGGCAAGGCCGUCCCUUCAUCCUCCUCCUCUUCCUCCUCCGGCCCUCACAGAGUAGCCGUGUACUUGGACCAUCCCGCCGGUACUCUGUCCUUCUAUAGAGUGUCUUCAGACAUGCUGACCCACCUCCACACCUUCAGCACCACCUUCACGGAGCCCCUGAGGGCUGGUUUUGGGUUGUGGACCUGGUCGGGUUUACCUGUCGCCUCCUCGGUGCGUCUUUGCUCUCUGUAGAAGAAAACCCAGAACACGAGGAACCGGCAGACUCACACUCAGCCUUGAGCUAGAGACUCGCUACACGCUAAAGCCUUCGCCGUAACCGUCUUUACGGGUGGAUACAAGCUGUCUGCGGAUGAGAAAUGGUCAGUAAGACGGGACGUACACCUUUUUAAUGUUUCCUCCCCCCCCUCCCCCCCAACAUCCUGUGGACUGCACAAGGAUUUUUACGCCACCAUGUCUUGAAAACGAGCUUGACCUGUGGGCAACCUCUGGGAGGCGUGGUCCUGAAAACAUUGUUUGUGUGUUAUUUGACUUUGUGUUCCUCCUUGUGUCAUACUCUCUGGGUAAAGUGCAAAUCCAGCGGGUUUUCUGUUACCGUGCUCAAAAAAAGCUUUCAUCGCAUUUCAGUUCCAGCAGGACUUCAGCUCCUCCAGGGAGGACGGCGGACCGCGAAAGAACUUGCCCAUUGCCUCUGCAGCAGGAAGACGACAUUCCGUCCUGAUUAAGGGGGAGAUGCAAUUGUUUUGAUGCUGCUGCUGUUGCGUCUUAAUGAAGGUCAUUUCAGUAAAAGGGAAACACUGUUGCAUAAGGAUAAUGGGGGGGGGGGGGGGUCUAUUAUCAUCCUGACUGAAAAUAUUUAUUAUUGUCAGGUUUUACUAAAUAUCCAUUUGGAAAAUAUUUAUAUUUUGUUUUUACGUUUUUAUGAUGAUUUGUGUCAAAGUUCUGUGUUCUGACUGAAAAUAAAACAGAGGCGGGGAAA